GCAGGUGUACUUGGGAUGGCUGGAGCGGAAGGAGCCAUAGGACCAAGGGGUGAAGCAGGAAUCUGGGGGCUUCCUGGAUUAGAUGGUCCCGAAGGGCCAAAGGGAAAUCCAGGACCUGAUGGUAAGAUUGGACCAACUGGUAUGCAUGGUGUGGAGGGCUUCCCAGGAGAGAAUGGGGUGAAGGGAGACCAAGGCCAGCGAGGUCCUCCAGGUCUGGUGGGCCCUGCUGGUUUGAAGGGGGUCCGAGGACUCAAAGGUCUUGAUGGCCCAGAAGGAUUGAAAGGGAAUGCGGGCAAGAAAGGAGCAGUGGGGCAGAAGGGCCAUCGUGGGUCAGCUGGCCAAAAAGGAGUGACGGGGCUGGCCGGCGCUGCUGGGCAACGUGGGCAUGAUGGGGCACCGGGAUUCCAUGGCAAUCUUGGCAGGAGGGGCAAACGGGGCAAAGCUGGAUCCAGACCCCCAAGAGGCUCCAAAGGCCCCGAGGGCUCUCUAGGUGAACCAGGCCUCACGGGACCCCAAGGACUCCAAGGCCCUUAUGGGCUUCCUGGCCUCAGGGGAGAGACGGGAACGAAGGGACCCAAAGGACGAAAGGGUGCUAUUGGUCCCCCUGGUGGACAGGGGUAUGCUGGACACCCGGGCAUUCCGGGCUCAUCUGGACAAAAAGGCCUCAAGGGCUUAGAGGGCCUCCCAGGACCAAAAGGCAAGCCAGGCCUACCAGGCACACCUGGCAUUCCUGGCCUCCCUGGUCCUUCGCUGAACAUGUCAAGGGAAGAACUGAAGCAACUGAUCUACUCAGCAAGCAAGCUGAACUACAGCAUGGUGUGGAUGCUCAUGGAUAGUCUAGGCCGGGAAUUGAAGCUCCUGGUGGACCCCCCAAAUGGCACCAAAGACUACCCUGCUGCUUCUUGCAAAGAACUUCUGCUGGCUCAGCCUCACCUGCCAGACGGCUAUUAUUACAUAGACCCCAACCAAGGCAGUCCCCAAGACUCUUUGUUGGCAUUCUGCAACUUCACUGCUGGAGGAGAGACCUGUGUUUCCCCUGUGCAAAACCAGGUGCCCAUCAAGGCUUGGUUGAGAGCAUACUCUUCAGAAGACGUCUUCCAGUGGCUCAGUUCCCUGCCCGGCGGCUUCCUGUUGGAGUACCAGGGCUUGAGCACGGUGCAGCUGCGUUUUCUGAAGCUCCACAGCAGCCUAGCCACCCAGAAGGUCUCUUACUCCUGCAGACCUCAUCAUGAUGGAUCUGGACCACAGCUUGAAAAGGAAAUCAAGUUCCUUGCUGACUCCAGGGAACACAGCUACUUGGCUACACUACAGGGAUGCAUGCUGGACAAUGAAUCCUCCAUCACAGACACCAUUUUCCGUUUCUCCACAGAGGAUCUCAGCCUUUUGCCCCUGCGUGAUUUUGCUGUGUUUCACAACGGGGACACCUCCCAUCAGUUUGGGUUCACAGUCGGGCCUGUUUGCUUCAGCUAGGAUUGUUUUUAUCCUG